CGCGCUUAUACGGCCCGGUCCCCUACUUUUUCUCGCCGGCGAUAGAUUCUUCAUAGUCUAAUAGGCGUUUUCGAUUUAGAAUUCUCUACGCCAGAGUAAAGUGCCCUACGCCGGCGUGGAGUGGAACUAAAUCGAACAAAACAUGUUUACGUUGGGGGCAAUUUCAAAUAUUUCCUGAAAAAAUAAUAAAAAUGUCACAAGAGAAAGUCAGUGAUCAUUAGCUGAUAAUAAAAGAUGCAGUAUUAACUGCGGCUGGAGAAUUGACCAUUUGUACUGAACAAGGAACUGUGUUGGUGGAAUUGUUGGACGAAAACGGUGGAACAUCUCAGGCAUUUGUCCCACUCAUACGUAUUGGUCUCUCCGUGGAAGACGCUACGGUUAUUCAACCCCAAAAUGACUCGGUUUCAUCAGAUACAGCAAUUAAUCCUACCAAACGCGACAAGCAGAUAUAUCCAGAGAAGGACGGGUUCAUGGGAGUUUUUGGCUCAGAGGCUGAGCAGUUGGACGAUUCGCUCAAGGGAUGUGAUCGUUUUCAUGUGCAGUUGGACCCGGAGGGAAAUGUCCAUAAUCUCGGUGCUGAUAGAGAAAAUACAAGUCCCAACACUGGCAAUCGUCAGUCGUGGUCAAUAGGAGCCAUUAAAGAAUUGCUGGAUCUGUAUAACAUGUACGUGCCUGAAAUGGGACCAAUGAAAAAAUUCAAGACUAAGAAAAAAAUGUUCCAGAAGAUCGCGGAGACAUUGAACAGUGAUUUCCAAAUAACAAUAAGUGGAGGACAGUGCUUGUCUAGAUAUAAAACAGUACUUCGUGAGUACAGCAAGGCUCGAAAGCUUAAUAUGAUAUCUGGUGCUUCACGACAAGAUGUGGAUUACGAAGUUGAGAUUGAGGAAUUGAAAGCAGCCGAUGAUAGCCUCGAGCCAAAGAUUCGCAUGGGCGUUGGAAAAAUUACACAUGUUGAGAAAAGAAUAAGAAUGGAGCAAGUGUCACCAAAAAUCAGAAAUGAAAAGCUGGGAUCCGGAACACGAAUGGUAAAGGACAAGGGACCUUCUUCCAGUACAAGCAAUGCUUCGAACACAGUAUCAGAAACCCUUUUAUUCAUCGACGAACGUCGAGAAGAGAAAAAGGAUCAGAGGCAUAAGGAAAAACUUGAUUUGUUUCGUGAGUUACUGCUGAAAGAUAAAAGUGAUGGCUAAUUAUGUAUCUCAUCUAGAAGAAACCAAGGUUUGAAGAGCUUAAGACUGAAAGUUUAUGGGUUAAAUAUUUACGGUGAUUAAUAGCUUUCUACCAAUUUUGUUAUAAACUCGUGGGGUCUUCAUUGUCAUAUUUAUCCCUCCAUAAAACAUAAGACUCAUUCCAAACACAAAAUACUCCACAUUUGAGAUUGAUACACCAUAUGAUGAGACAAAUAAGCUUUGCUUUGAUCUAUAACCUCGACGAGUUCAUCAUAUUAGUGAAAAAUAAGCUAUUAACAAUGAUCUAUUAAAAAAUAAGUAGUGAACUGGUGAAACGUAACAAGUCAAUUUUUCACCCCUUGUAAAAUAUGAAAUGAUCCGGAUCAUGAGUGAUUUUAGGGGAAGAUAACGAGGGACUUUCAAGUUUAUCUACCUGAAAAAAAUCCCUCGAAGACAACAUUUUCUCCUUAAAAUCACUUGCGUCCAAUGAAUGGACAAGUAACAAAAACUUCGAAAUUGAUUCAUUCUGGUUCAUCCCUUUGGUACUGAACUAUGUGAAAAAUGCGUGCAUUCCAUCCGUUUAAAAAAAAAAGUUCAUCAGCAGUCAAUAAUGCUGAGUAUUGUCUAUAUCCUGCCUUCAGGAUAUUCAGCAGAGAAACAUAGCUUCCACUUAUUAUUAUGAAGGGUUGAGUUGAUAGUAUAAUAUAUAGAAAGUUCCAGAGUAUCUGUUGUCCGUAUUAACAAGACGAAGUUACAGAUUACGUAUUUAAGGGACGACUGUGUUUUGUUUUGUCGACCUUGAAUAUAGAUAUAGAACGGUUGUUAUCUUCCAUCAGAUAGAGUUGCUAUUCUGUUAUCAUAUCUAUUCAGACAGAUACUCACGAAACGAAAAUGGCGCUUUAAUUAUAAUUUAUAACUGCAAUUUAGUAGUGAAGUGGUAAAGUGUAAUGAGUCAAAUUCAACAUUUAUCAACAUGUGACAAAAUGACUCAUGACCUUUUAUCACUAUACUGCUGAAUUAUUUCGUUAAACUAGUGUUAAUUAAAUAUGUA